AUUUGAUUAAAUUUCUCAUACUCACCCUUACCCAAAACCUUCCAUGGAGUUACAGGCAGGGAGUAUUAUUUCUCAAGUAUAGCAAUGGCACUGAGACGUUUAGCCUCCGUUCGGAGGCUCCAAAUAAGCCUUUAUCGAGCAACUGAGAUUCGAUCGAAUUCUUCUUCCUUACUCAGCAGCAGCUCAAAAAGCUCUCCUGAACUUUUUUAUGAAACUGAAUUCUGGCGGAAAUCCUCUUACUUAUGUAUGCCGCAGGACAGUAAUUCUCGGAACAUUGCCUGUUAUAGUAGUCGGAGCAUUAUAUCAAGCUUAAACAACACCAGCAGUCUCCCUUGGCCAUCAAAUGCAAAUGCCCUACGGCCAACCACUGGACCCAAGCUUCCGAAGUUUGGGUAUUUGCGGUCAGUUACCAUGCAAGCUAAAGCAUCUCCCCAAGCACGUCAAAUGGCUGCUGUCAAAGUGUCGCUCUUGAGCCCGGGUGUCGUAUUUGAACCAUAUGCUCCUCGUGAAGCCAUGCCAUUUUGGAAAAGAUGGUUUACAAGAACUGGAUGGAGAAGAAUCAAAGAAGAACUUACUUCUGAGCUCAAAAGUGCAUAUGCAAUUGCUAAACUGCGCAAAACUGGGUAUUCAAAACAGAAAUUCUAUGAUGAAGCACUUGAUUUGUACAAAGAGAUAAACACUUACAUAGCGAAUGGAGAUAAAACAUCGCUGAGAAAAUCAGUCACGGAGAAAAUGUACUCGGCUCUAAAGAAUGAGAUCAGGCAAAGAGAAUCUGUGUGGAGUCAUGUAUACUGGGAGCUUAUUGAACCAAUUGUCAGAAUACGAACCCUGCGAGCUCGUAUGAUUGGUGUUGAUAAGGAUGACCUCAGUAAAGUCUUUGUACAACUGACGCUUGAGCUUGUUACUAAACAGAAAUUUGAAGCUUAUAAUUCAAAUGGAGCUGUUAUUGCUGGAGAUAAAAAUAAAGAGGUCCUUGUUCGCGAUAUAUGGGUUUUUGAAAAAUCUCUCUUCCAUACUGGAGCCAGCUGGCGCCUCUGUGGCAGAAUCAAAACAUAACUGGGCUUUCAUGGCAAAGGAUCACAGUCACAUUUCAUUUUGACAGAUCAAACAACUUUCUCUCUAUUUUUCAAUGGAAAUCUCUUCUUCUUUUGAUCCCAUAAAUUUUGAAUGCAUUUUCAAAAUCAGAGAACGUUUGUAAGCAUAUCAUUCCCGUAUUCCAGUAUUGCAAACUCAGCACUGUCUCCAAUACUUAUUGGAUUUUGUCAUGUCCAGUGAAAAAAUGGUUAUUCAGUUUAGCUUCUUCUGUGUCUCAGACUCUCAGUGUAUGUAGAGCUUUGGUUGAAUUUCAGCAAGUGCGUGGGUAUGUAGUUUAGCAUGGCUUUUAUGCAGUCACUCUUCAUAAGAGAAAUAUUAUUUUUUGUGUGAACUUGUAACAAAAUAUCAAAUAUGUGAAGUUGUGAAAUGUGAAGUGUAAUGGUCGGCUUUGAUUAUGAGUCCACUUUGUUUUUAA